GAAUAAGAAGAGAGGAUAGCCGGCUACCCUCUUCUGAUGGAGUCCAGCUCCCACUUUUGAAUUUGGUUUCACUUCAAUUCUGUUGGUCUAACAGAAUUCGGAGAAGCCCUUCCAAUAGAAUCUUUAAGGUCUCCUCCCGGGUCAACUUCUCAAUUUUGAAUUCUUGAGAGAAGAGAUUUUCAGUCGUUGGGAAUGGAGAGUGUUGCUGGGUGGCAAGGGCUGUUUCUUGGAGGAUUAGCUUCUUGGGUUGUGAUUUCUUCAAUUUUUAAUGUGACCCAGAAGAUUAGAUCUCUCACUCAACCCUGGGUUUCUCGCCAAGUGGUCUCCGGCACCCCCAUUUCUUUGCAGAUCCAGAAAUACCAGCAUGGGUAUUUGGAUGGCUUCUUUUCUGCGUUGUCUUGUAGCGUUUCUGUGCCUUUCUACACCGCGUUUCUUCCCUUUCUCUUCUGGAGCGGGCAUUGUAAAUUGGCUCGGCAGAUGACCCUUUUGAUGGCUUUCUGUGAUUAUAUGGGCAACUGUAUAAAGGAUGUGGUGUCGGCCCCUAGACCUACUUCACCGCCUGUUAGGAGAAUAACUGCCACGGAAGAUGAGAAAGAAAAUGCAUUGGAAUAUGGACUGCCUUCUUCGCAUACUCUUAAUACUCUCUGCUUGUCUGGGUACCUUUUGCACUAUGUCUUAUCCCACACCAAGAACGAAGAUCUUUCCACGGAGAUAGCAGGAAUUGCCCUUGUUUGCUUACUUGUGGGCCUGAUUGGCUUAGGGAGAAUAUACCUUGGGAUGCACAGCUUGAUUGACAUUAUUGGAGGUCUAGCUUUUGGAUUGGCAAUCCUGGCAUUUUGGCUCUCUGUUCACAAUUACAUAGACGAUUUCGUAGUUUCAGGACAAAAUGUUACAUCCUUUUGGAGCGCACUAAGCUUCUUGUUGCUCUUUGCCUAUCCAACACCGGAGCAGCCUACUCCAAGUUUUGAAUAUCAUACAGCCUUCGACGGUGUUGCUUUGGGAAUUGUAGCUGGAAUCCAGCAAACUUACCAUCAGUUUCACCAUGAAGAUGUUCCAAAGGUCUUUACUGAGCUCCCGAUCCCUGCAUUUGUCGGUAGAAUGCUAGUAGGAAUACCAACGAUACUCCUAGUGAAGUUCUGCAGCAAGGCUCUCGCGAAAUGGAUGCUGCCCAUGCUCGCCAACGCCCUGAGCAUCCCGGUAAGAUCAACCAGCUACGUCCCGGGACUAAGCAGCUCUGCCAUCACCAAGAAGUCGGACGAAACAAAGCCAGCCGCAGGUUAUCUGCAAAAAUUGUUCUUUUUCUCCCAACAGGACUCGUUUGAUGUCGAUACAGGCAUUCGACUCCUUCAAUAUACUGGCCUCGGGUGGGCUGUCGUAGAUCUUGUUCCAUCUUUAUUCACUUACCUAAGACUCUGAUGGUUAAUGGUUUUGUACUUCCAUUGUAUUUGUAUCAUACAAAUCCAAUUCAUCUUCUGUUUCUGAAAUACGACCCUUAUUUUCAAUGUUUUAUUAUAUAUAGGCAAAUUAUUCUGUGGAUCUGGGUUCACCUUGCAAUGUGGACCCGGAUCCAUUGUAUAACUAUUGAUAAAUCUAAGUAUUGGCAAAUGAAGGCGGGUUAAAAGA